GUUCCUUCUCUAUCUCUCUUUCUCUCCCACGGGCUGGUCAACGGGAAUCCCCUUCUCCGAUCACAUUCCCGACCACCCCUGCCCCCGUUCUUCCAAACCCAAUCAACUUGUCUCAUUUUCAUAGCUACUCUUACACAUCAUUACAAUUUUUUUGGUGUUAAGUUUCACUUUGUAUUUUAUAUAACAAGGUUAUAAGGAGAAAAUGUCAAGUCAAGGUGGUUCUUCUCGAAUGAGCAGUUCAUUGUCGGAUAGCCCACGGAAGAAGAAGGUCACUGAGUUUACAACGCUUGACCUUGCCGCUCGUAAAUCAUUUACGCCUAUGCGCACGGGAGAGAGAACAGUGAAAUCAUUGCGGCUCUCAAAGGCAUUAACAAUACCUGAGACAACAAAUGUUUAUGAAGCAUGUCGCCGGAUGGCUUCUCGCAGAGUAGAUGCUUUAUUACUAACUGAUUCUAAUGCUUUGCUUUGUGGGAUCCUCACAGAUAAGGACAUAGCGACAAGAGUUACUGCUCGUGAGAUUAAUCUUGAAGAGACACCAGUUUCCAAGGUUAUGACAAGGAAUCCAGUAUUUGUCCUUACUGACACUCUUGCUGUGGAAGCCCUCCAAAAGAUGGUUCAAGGAAAAUUCAGACAUUUACCUGUGGUGGAGAAUGGAGAAGUUGUUGCCUUACUUGACAUAGCAAAGUGUUUAUAUGAUGCCAUUGCUCGAAUGGAAAGGGCAGCUGAGAAAGGAAAGGCAAUUGCAGCAGCUGUUGAAGGUAUCGAAAAACACUUGGGAACAUCUGCUACUGGUUCCAAUUCAUCAUUCAUUGAGACUCUUCGGGAGAGGAUUUUCAAGCCAUCAUUGUCUACAAUAAUUCCUGAGAAUUCAAAGGUUGCAACUGUUUCACCAUCAGACACUAUUUUGACAGCAACAAAUAAGAUGCUUGAAUUCCAUGUGAAUUCUGCUAUUGUGACAGUUGAUGACAAAACUUGUGGUAUCCUUACUUCAAGAGAUAUCUUGAUGCGGGUAGUGGCACAUAAGCUUCCUCCAUCGUCAACUCUUGUUGAGAAGGUCAUGACUCCAAAUCCAGAAUGUGCUACACUUGAUACACCAAUUGUUGAUGCACUUCACACUAUGCAUGAUGGAAAGUUUUUGCAUCUUCCUGUGGUUGAUAGAGAUGGCAUUGUUGUUGCUAUGGUUGAUGUGAUCCAUAUUACUCAUGCUGCUGUGGCGACAGCCAGUAAGGUUGGAAAUAGUGCAAAUAUGAACAAUGAAGCUACUAGCUCCAUGAUACAAAAAUUUUGGGAUUCUGCGAUGUCCUUGACUCCGAAUGACGAUGAAGAAGAUUCACAAAGUGACAUUUCCACAAAAAUGAUUUCUGAGGGAGGAGAAACAGGGAGAUCUAUGUCUUAUCUUGCAUCAAGCACAAAUAGCGCAUUUUCCUUCAAAAUACAAGAUAACAGGGGAAGGUUACAUAGAUUCACAUGUGAUACACGAAGCUUAACAGAGGUUAUAGCUUCCAUUAUUCAAAGAGUCGGUGCUGAGAUUAACCCCGAUAAUCUACCCCAAAUAAUGUACGAAGAUGAAGAACAUGAUAGAGUUGUACUAGCUUCUGAUGGUGAUCUUGCUGCAGCUGUGGAACAUGCAAGGACAGCUGGUUUGAAGGGAUUGAGGUUGCACUUAGACUACUCAGGAACACGUGAUUAUGGAACUGAUACAACAUUAAGAAGUUUGGAAUAUGCUAACUCAGAAGUAUGGGCCUCAGCAUAUAGUGUUGUUACUGCUGGAGCUGCAAUUAUUGCCGGCAUAGGCCUUUUGGCUUUGUUGAGACAAAGAUAAUGAGAGAAAGAACCAAGUUUUUGUCUGGGGUAAAGGGUAGAGCUGAAGUUAGUUAGAACUUCGGAGGGGCACACUUUUUGGGCUUGCCAAUCCAUAAGUUCUAACAAUUUGUACAAAUGGGGAAAAAAGCAAAAGCAUUUAUUUGUGCUAUCAGCUUAUAAACAUGUAUGCAUAUAAUUGUUUGCUAGCUGCAUGUAAUUUUGUA